AUGGUACGUUUAAAUGUUGAUCAGAUGAGUCGAUAUGUUAGUCCGGUUAAUCCAACUGCUUUUCCAACUCUUAGUAUAGCACUUUUAGGUAUAGGAGUUUUUUUAAUGGCUUGGUUUUUUGUUUAUGAAGUAACGAGUACAAAAUAUACACGUGAUUGGAAAAAGGAAAUUCUGAUUGCUCUUAUUGCGUCAAUUUUUCUCGGUUAUGGUGGUUUAUUUCUCCUUUUAUGGGUGGGAAUUUAUGUCUAA